UGCAGAUUAGCAGAUAGAUUAUCCGCCAAGUUCAUAUGUGCAUAAGUCGGAUACGUGCUGAAGACUCUCGCGUGAAAAUUUGAGAUAUGGACAGUCAACAAUGAUCGCUCUCUCUCUCUCUCUCUCUCUCUCUCUCUCUCUCUCUCUCUCUCUCUCUCUCUCUCCAAGAAAGCGUAGGUGUGUACUCGAGUGAUUGAGGGAUGGUCAAAUUUUGCUGAGAGGGAGGAGAUUUUGAAAAUUCUGGUGGGAAGUGUCUAAGGGAGGUUCUAUGAGAAGAAAGUGGAAAUUUUUCGCAAAUCGAAGGACUUUUGGUAAUUGAAGUGGAAAGGGAAGCUUCGCUGUCCACCCUAUUUAAGGACCUGGUGCAUGCUUCGUCAGUCAGUUCACUCUUCGUUUUCAAGUUCAUUCUUCAAUUCAAAGUGUGAGAAGAUGGAAGGAAUCAACGACAGCAUGAAGGCAGCUUUUGAGAAGGUCAACGGCUAUAGAACAAUUGUCCAUCUCUUUAAUGUGGCGUGGCAGUUGAUGUCCUGGACAUCGAAUGGAAUUAAUGAUGAUUCCAUUUUGAGAAAGUCUCUACCAGCCGAGUUAACUGCUGCGAUGAAGCAGCUGAAUGAGGGUGCGCUCACCUCACCAGAGUUGCAACAACAGCAGCAACUUCCGUCGAUUGGUGUGAUGCAGCAGAUGUUUAAAAGUAUAUCAUCCUUAUCAGAGAUGCACCAUCAGCAGCAGCUUCCACAGGAGCAAAACUCGCAGCAACAAGCAGCAGUCGCAGCAGAAGUCGCAUCCGCAGCCAAAGCCGCAGCAAAAGCCACAACCGCAGCCAAAGCCGCAGCCAAAGCCGCAGCCAAAGCCGCAGCAAAAGCCGCAACCGCAGCCAGAACCUCAGCAGAAGCCAAAGCAGCAGUCGCAGCCAAAGCCACAGCAGAACCCAAAGCAUCAGAAGCCUCAACCACAGCAGAAGCCAAAGCAGCAGAAGCCGCAUCCGCAGCCAAAGGCGAGAUCAAGCUCGCGUUCAGGUUAAAGCUCGAGUACAGGCUCAAGCUCGAGUUCAGGCUCAAGCUCGAGUUCAGGCUCAAGCUCGAGUUCAGGCUCAAGCUCGAGUUCAGGCUCAAGCUCGAGUUCUGGCUGAGCACCAGCUCGGGAUCCAGGUCGGGAUGUGGCUCUGACAAAAGUUCAAGGAAGAGGAAAUCUGAUGAUGAAGCAAUCAAUGGUAUAGGUGGUAAAAGGAUGACAUUCACAUCAUCUCAAGAGAGCGAAAAAUCAGCAGAAAAGAAGGAACGGAGAAAACUUUCGUUGUCUUUAAAAAAGACUGAUUUACCACCACCAUCUCCGCGGCAGCAGCCAUCACCACAGCCUCUCUAUCAUGCAGAUCAGCCGAUGCCACUUCAGCAUCAAGCAGAUCAACCGAUGCACUUCAGCAUCAACAAGAACAGAAAAAGGCACUACAGCAACGAGCACGAUCGCGUAUAUUGCAAGACGAAAUGCUCAACGAUCCGCUUAUCGUGUUCGAUAAGAAAGCAAAUAUGCAAAAAUUCUGAAUGA